AUGGCUGACACAUCUCUUGUUGUACGUCCUAUCCUCUUCUGGGGGCCUGUGCUCCUCCUGGUGGCGUACUAUCCGGCCCUCUUGAUAUAUCGGCUGUUCUUCUCGCCCAUGAGCAAGAUCCCAGGCCCAUGGACAACCAGAAUCUCCGACAUCCCCGAGGCAAACGCCUUGAAGGACAAAAGACGUGCCGAAUGGGCAAGUGAACUCUUUGCACAAUAUCCAGAUUCUGUUGCGGUCAGGACACGUCCUAACGCAGUAUCAUUCAACCACCCGGAUGCGGUUAAAGCCAUCUAUGGCCACGGAAAGGGAGCAGAGGAGUUUGGCAAGUCAAGCUGGUACGAUGCCUUCUCGACGACUGGAGAGUCCUUGUUCUCAACCCGGUCCAAAAAGAAUCAUGCGCGAAAGCGGCGUAUGGUCUCCCAUGGCUUCAGCAUGCAAUCUCUGUAUCUAUUCGAGCCCUAUGUCGACGCCGUGAUGCAGAUCUUUUUGCGGAAGAUGGACGAGUUUGCAAGAACUCAGCAGCCCUUUGACAUUUAUUUCUGGUUCGAGCUCUUUACGAUGGACCUGAUGGGCGAACUUGCCUUUGGCCACAACUUUGGCGCCAUCGAGGGUGGCCAACCGGUCAAAUAUUCCAAGCUCGUGGAACUCUCGCAGCGCUUUGCCAAUCUGUGUGGCAUGCUACCUUUCGGCAAGUACAAUGUGAAGAUUCUCAGUAUGGUGCCGUCGCCAUAUAUUCAGAAGCUGUACGGAGCACGACUUGAAUAUCUGGAAUAUGCCAGACAGGCAUUGGAGAAACGAUUCCAGGAUAACCGUAACCAGGCGCCCCUUGGUGGUAAGCCGAGGCAAGAUAUCAUGCAGCGUUUCAUCGAGGCGCAGGAUCCAGAGACAGGGGCGCGAAUGGACUUUCCAGAGCUGCGAGCUGAGGCCUCGUCGUUGAUGGUUGCUGGGGCUAGCACAGGGAGUGUUACCAUGAACUGGAUGACUUACUAUCUCAGCAAGAACCCUUCGGUCAAGCACCGCAUUCUUCAACAGCUCGAGGAGAUGUUCCCCGACAACCUGGACGCCGCUACCCCUCUUCCCUUUUCGAUGCUGAACAAGCUGAGCCUCCUCGAAGCCACCGAGAUCGAGUGCCUGCGCAUGCACCCACCCAUCGGCUAUGCGAUGCCACGCAUGACUCCACCUCAGGGGGCUGUCAUCUGCGGCGUUUACGUCCCGGGCAACGUCGACGUCGGGGUGCCUGCCGCCACCAUCGGACGCAACCCCAUCGUCUACCGCGACCCGAACACGUGGAACCCCGACCGCUGGCUUGACGAGAAGGCCGAUCUGGCUACGAUGAAGACGUGUUUCCUAGGCUUCGGCUUUGGCAGUCGACAAUGCAUUGGGAGGAACGUGGCCAACCAGUUCAUCAUCAAGAUGAUUGCGACGUUGCUGUUGAGAUAUGACAUUGAGCUCGAAGAUCCCAACUUGGUGCUGGGCACGAAAGAGUUUACCAUUCUCAAGCCGGACCGGGACUAUAAUGUCAUUCUGCGGCCGAGGAAGCACUGA